AUGGGGAAGUCUCGCGUUCACUGGCUGUGCUUCCUUUUUCUGAGACUUACCAGCAGCUUUCGGAGGUGCCCUCUUUCAAAAAGGAGUUUAAUAAUCGCGAGUGUGUGUGUUGUCUACUUGCUGUUGGUGGUUUCACAUGUUGGAUACUCGCAGCAGCACCGGGACAGACGGACAGACAAAGACAAGUACCGACACACCCGUGGGUUGUAUAAUUUGGAUGUCAAUGAUGCGCAGCCAGACUCCGUGGAUUCCCAGAUUGGUGCGAGCUUUGGGGUCCCGACACGGUCCAACGUGGUGUACAUAACACUAAGAACCAAGCGUCAGAAACCAGCAAAUAUUCGGGGCACAAUCAGACCAAAACUGAGGAGAAAAGUGAGAAGAAACAAGGAGGUUAAUUCAGCUUUUACGCAGAACAAACUUGGCAUUUCGGCACAACACGCGGGCCAAUUUAAGAGCGCGCUCAAGACUUCCUUAUGGGAAAUCAGGGAUGUUUAUCAAAAAUCUGUGGAUGCAAUCCAAAAAUCCCACACAGAUGCACAGGCAGACUCCCACAUUAGUGCUAUCCGAAUUUACAGCCAGAGGGCACCGCCAUGGCUCAGCCCGCAGGACGUCAGGGCCAUGCGCUUUCUCGCGGACGCAGAAGUUUUGCGCGUCAAAGAAGUUUCUCACGGAGACUCCCAGACACUUCUGAUAUUUGAGGGCGAGACGAGCAACCAAAAAUACACACAACAACGGGAUAAUGUAUGCAGCGGGCAGUGUGGAGUGAUCAGCAGCCCAGUGGACACCACUGAGGUGUUUGCUUUCCAUCUGGACAGGGUGCUGGGGCUCAAUAGGACUUUACCAGCUGUGAGCAGAAAGUUCAGCUUUCUACACGACAGCCAGCCCUGUCCAGUGGUGUCAUGGGAUGCAUCUCUCUACCCAGAAGGCCUUGCUGCAGGCGGGUCCACAGUGAGGCUGACAUGGGGGGAGUACCAGAGCUCCCUGAAACAGAGGUGUUGGCAUAAAAACAUCAGCCCGAAGGCUGACUCCGGCUGCUCCACAGUUCAUCACUAUGAGUGGAGCAAACUGGCUCUGUUUGACUUCUUGUUACAGAUUCACAACCGUCUGGACCGGAGCUGCUGUGGGUUCAGGCCCCGGCUGGAGGAUGUGUGUGUGGAACUCGGCCAAAAGGCUGAAUGUGGAAACCAGAACAACAUACAACUGACAAACAUCGUCCACAGAGGUCACGACCCCAGACACCUGGUCUUCAAUAACAACAAGGGGUUUUUCGACCGCAACGAAGACAAUCUGGACUUCAAGCUGCUGGAGGGUAUCAAAGAGCUCCCGGAGCAGGCCGUGUCAGUGCUGAAGAGUAGGAGGCUGAGGGAGAAGCUCCUCCAGUCUCUGUUCCUGGACCAGACAUACUGGGAGAGCCAGGGCGGCCGGCAGGGCAUCGACAAGCUCAUCGAUGUGAUAGAGAGGCGGGCCAAUGUCCUCCUCACCUACAUCAACGCUCACGGGAUCAAAGUCAUUGCAAUGAAUGUGUGAUGAGAGUCACACCAGUGAAUGGCCAAAUUACUGAGGCACAGAUAAAGCUCAUUAACGGCUUGAUCCCUGCGUCCUUUCAGAACGUCCUUUUGCAAGACACUGGAGCUUUAUCCACUCACGUUUCCUAAGUGGCUCUGGAGUAAAUUAUCAGCUUAUGUCGAUACACAUGAUUUGAUUAGUGCCAAUUCUUUUGUAUCAGUUUAUAGCAGAAGAGCAUGAGAUCAUUUGCUGUCAAUUAAAACGGGCCCUAAUCCUCAGGGCCAUAUAAUUUUAUUGUAAAAUAUUAGAAAAAAUGAAACAAGAUGAGUAAUUAUAGAUUUUUCUCUUUCUAUGUGUAAAAAAACAAAUAAAUUAUCAUAAUGCUAAUGAAGGACUUAUUACAAAUUGCCUACUUUUCGUAAAAAAAAAAAAAGCACAAUAACUCUAACAGAAAGCCAUUCAAGUCUUUUACAUUUAAGGGAAGCUGUUUUUGGCAUAAAAUACUGAGAAAGGCUUUGAUUUUGAUUUUUCAAAUGAGCCAAUCUUCCUCCUGUUUACUUCUUUCUUUUAAGUCUUUAUCUUCUUUUGCCCCAGAGGCAACACGCUGUUUUUGUUAUGUACAAAAUAUGCUGCAGUUAUAACUUUUGCUCCUCCUGAGGCCUUUCAGCAAGUGUAAUUUGCAUUUUGUAUGAAUGAAAUGCACUAAAUGAUAUGUUAGUUUUCUCUUUGCUCCUCAAGAAUGUGUCAGGAAUUAAGAUGUUCAUAAAGCCUCUGAGCGUAGCUGACAAGAUCCCAGAUCCACUUUGGUUAAUUGGGGUCACACAGUAUACACUGAAAAAUAAUUUCAGUUUGAAUGACUUAUUUAAUAUUGUGUACAGUCUUAAAUGAUUUUCCUUUUCUUACAAAACUACCAAGAAGUCAAUGAGUAUUUAAAAUUGUUUGUGUUUAGAGGAACAGUGUGCAAGAUUUAGGAGGAUUUAGUGUCAUCUAGUGGUGAGGACUGCAGAUUGCAACCAGGUGAAUUUUUUUCCCGGUUAAAAUUCCUUCAUUAUUCAUUGUUCAGGAGGUUUUAACCAGGAGCUAAAUUAUCAGCAGAGUUCUCCCUUUCCUCAAAACAAACACACCAGGUGACGAAGACACUGGAAAAAGCAGCACCACUUUACAAAUCAGUGUUUCUCCAAUACUUUUCAGCACAUUGCAGAUGGCCUAAUUGCCCACUACCUGCAAAUUUGUGCUCAUUUUUCUCUGACUUUGACGUUCAGUUGGUUUUUAACGGGAGCCGAAUUAUCCACAGAGGUCUCUAAGUCUUCAAAACAAAUGAACCAAGUGAUUAAAACAGCUAAAAACACCAAAUAAAACAGUUACAUGUCAUAGUAACUUUAUGUCAUAAAAAUGUUUCUUUUACACUGUUUGGCAUAUUGGAGAGGAGUUGCUGGCCUAAAACUUGCUUGUGUUUGCUCACUUUUUUCUUUCAUUAAUUAAGAUCUGGAUGUUCAGGAGGUUUUUAACGGGAGCCAAAUUAUCUGCAGAGGUAGAUAGACUGAACUCAUUCUAAGGUCACAGAAAAAAAAAAUCUUAUUUUCAAGUGAUUGUACACUAAAGAAAACAUUAUAUUCUAAUUCUGUCAGUAUGUCCUCUUUAAUCCUACACACUGGACCUUUAAAAUCCAAUAUGACAGUUAUUAUCACGAAGACUGUACUGUAUGUUGGAAAUAACGUUGCAUUGUGACUGUAAUUUAUGAACUGAAGAACUUUAAGAUGAGAAAUCAGAUGGUGUUGCUCUCUUUUAUGCACUCUUAUUAUCAAAUUAGCUACAAAAACACCUUUACCUGUAACUGUUUUCACUGUAUUUAUUUAUUUUCGUACUUUCUUCUUUAUUUGACAAAGAUGUUUGAGCAUCAGAUGGUCAAUAAAAGCAUUUAUUUGUCAAAUCUCUUAAGCUUUGAUUAAUAAAAUAAGCACAAUUUUCA